UGCAAGUCUGUGCCGUGCUGCUGGAGAUCCUCAUGAUGGCAAAAGCAGAAUGCGGCCCUAUGGACCCCAUGGACCCCAGUGUGAGCAGCAGCCGACCCAGCAUACUGGACAUCAUCCAGAAGAAGCGAGAUGGCAAGAAGCUGCAGGAGGAGGAAAUUGCCUAUUUUGUGAAGGCUGUGACCCAAGGAGAGUUGCAAGAUGUGCAAAUUGGAGCGAUGCUGAUGGCCACCUGGCUGAAGGGCAUGGAGCCAGAGGAGACGCUGGCGCUGACCCGGGAGAUGGCUACUUCAGGGAGGGUCCUUAAGUGGCCGGAGGAAUGGCGGGGGCUGCUGGUGGACAAGCACUCCACGGGGGGUGUGGGGGACAAGGUCAGCCUGCCCCUGGCCCCUGCCUUGGCUGCCUGCGGGUGCAAGGUGCCCAUGAUCAGUGGGAGAGGCCUGGGCCAUACUGGAGGCACACUGGACAAGCUGGAGUCCAUCCCCGGUUUCAGAGUCUCCCAGAGUCCAGAACAGAUGAAGGAGAUCCUGGAGAAGGUCGGCUGUUGCAUUGUGGAGCAGAGCCAGGAGCUGGUCCCGGCAGACAAAAUCCUCUAUGCCCUGAGGGAUGCCACGGCCACCGUGGACAGCGUGCCUCUCGCCACCAGUUCCAUCCUGGGGAAGAAGGUGGCUGAGAACCUCACUGCUUUGGUGCUGGAUGUGAAGAUUGGGAGUGGCGCCUUCUUCCCGACCCUUGAGAGUGCCCAGCAACUGGCAGACAGCUUGGUGUCGGUCGGGACCCAGCUGGGAAUAAACACUGUUGCGGUCUUCAGCAAGAUGGACAGCCCUCUUGGGCGUCGGGUGGGCAAUUCCUUGGAGGUGCUUGAGGCCCUGGAGUGCCUGGAUGGAGGGGGGCCCAAGGACGUCCGGGAGCUGGUGACCACGUUAGGAGGAACCUUGUUAURGCAAUGUGRGAGAGCUCCCUCUGUGUCUCAGGGCUCUGCUCGCAUCGCCAAAGCCUUKGAUGAUGGCUCAGCCCUGGGUGCCUUCCAAGCCAUGCUGGAGGCCCAAGGCGUGGGCUCCAACACAGCUAAGGCCCUCUGCAAUGGAACGGAAGAGCAGAGACUCCAGGUGCUGGGAAGGGCUCGGUUCCAGGUCGCGCUGGUGGCUCCAUGCGAUGGUAAGAAGGACAGAGAAGGGCCAUGUCAGACCCUCUGACAACAAUGUGACCUGUUUCUCUCAUUGGUGAGAAUGUGGACCCAAAAUGUCUUGCUGUUGAUAGACAUAUAGAGUUGGAAGCGAUGCCCAAAGGCCAUCCAGUUCUAGCUCCUACUGCCAUGCAGGAACAUGCAAUCCAAAUCCUUCCAACAGAUGACUUACAAGCCUCCAAAGACGGAGACUCCACUGGACUCAAAUGCUGCAGUAUUUUCUACAGUCAAAAAGCUCUUACUGUCCCAAAGUUCUUCCUAAUGUUAGAUGGAAUCCCUUUUCCUGGCAUCUAGAUGCAUGGCUCCGUUGUCUACUAUAGCAAACUUUUGUAUCGUUACCCCAAUACC